AUGAAAUUCGCCAUUAGACUGUCAGUUCGUCUCCCUUUUGUUAUUAACCGAAUUUUGCAAGAACAUCUUUUGUACUAUUAUAUCAAGAAUAAAUUCCUGAGUGCAAUUACAGGGUCAAAGGGCCCUCCUGGCACCACAGAGGUCGGCGCCGCCACCCAGAUCCUUUGCCCGCUCCUUCCUCAAGUUCUGCAUGGGACAGCAGGGCUCACCAGCCCGGACCGCCGCGCCCAGGCCGAAGCCAGGCCCCGCCCCCGGCCCCUCCCCGCCUCGUCGGCCCCGCCCCCGUCUCCACCCCGCCCCCCGGAGCCGCUGAGUGGCGGCGGCGGCCCCAGGACCGGGUUUCCUCAGACAAGAGGGCGGGUGGAGGAGGAAGCGGCCGAGCCCAGAAUCCUGCUCCGGCGCCGCCGAGCACCGCCCGCCGCAACCGCCCGGCCCCGUCGGCUCCUGGGCCUCACCGAGCCGAGAAGAGGGAACGGCAGAGGAGGCUGCGUGGAGGCGGCGGGGGCGCGGGCGGAGGCGGCGCGGCCGGCCGCGGCUGCCGCUUUGUUGUGCGGCCCGGGCCAAGGAAAGAGAAGUGGGAGGAGGGGGGAGCUCGGCGUCCCGCUCCCUCCGCGGCUCAUGGCGACGACGCUCGGCACAUCCGGGACCCUCCGGCCGUGGCGGCCGCGGCGCCGGCUGCUCGGGCCCCAGCCCCGGCCGCUGUGGUGACUGCGCCGCGCCUCACUGUCGCCCCCGCCCCGCCCGCCGCCCACC